ACAUCUAUUCCUAUUGUCUUUCAUAACUUUCGAGGUUAUGAUUCCCAUCUAGUCUGUGAAUCUGUUGGACAUUCUGUUAAUGCACAACAAAUCAAGGUUAUAGCUGAAACAUUUGAGCGCUAUAAGUCUAUGAAAGUAGGUCAGUUCAAGUAUAUAGAUAGCCAACAGUUUAUGAACAAUAGCUUGGCUAAUCUUACGAAAAAUUUGGGCACCAACCACCCAAUCACAAGCCAGCACUAUAAAGACUUCUCUUCAAAACAAAUAGCACUAGUAUGUCGCAAAGGAGUAUACCCCUAUGAGUAUAUUGAUACACAUGAUAGAUUCUUAGAGACUGAGCUUCCAUCUAUUCAUGAAUUUACUUCAAAUCUUCAUGGUGAGUACCAUGACCAUUAUCUUAAAACAGACGUACUUAAUCUAGCAGAUGUUUGGGCACAAUUUCGAAAAACAUGUAUAGAGUAUUAUGAGGUAGACCCUAGCCACUAUGUUUCUGCAGCAGCAUUGGCUUGGGACGCCAUGCUCAAAAUGACAGGAGUGAAUAUACAAUUAUUUACUGAUAUGGCAAAGCAUGACUUUAUUGAAAAAGCUAAGCGUAGUGGCAUAGCCAUGGCCUGCCAAAGAUAUUUAACAGCCAAUAACCCCAAGAUGGGAGAAGCAUAUAAUUCAACUAAACCAACAACCUGGAUUUCAUAUGUUGACACAACAAAUCUCUAUGGUUGGGCAAUGAGUCAGUACUUACCUAUUGGAGG